AUGCCUAUUUCAGGACUCCUUUCAAAAUCAGCUGUUCGAGCCGCGUCCACUGCGACUGCUUCGGCGCGUAUGACGAAGGCGGCGGGUGAUAUCUCCUCGGUAUUUCCUAGCUUGCGACCAGACUAUAAACCAGAGCCGUUGCCGGCACGGUUCCAGAAUCUAAAAUUGAGUCUCUUUCAGAAGAAUGAAGAGGCUUUGAAGGAUAGUUGGAAGAGGUUGUUGAGCAGUUUAGAGGAUGAAGUGCAGGAAAUUAAGAAGAGAGGCAGUGAUAUUGUUCCUUCCAUCUCGUAUUCCGACGUCGUGAAUGGAAGGAUAUCUGACGAUGUCGUUGCAGAGAUUCGUCGUCGAGGAUGCGCGGUAAUUCGCAAUGUCAUUCCUAGAUCGAUGGCGUUGGGAUUGAAGGAAAGGGCCAAAGAAUACAUUGAUGCCAACCGUGACAGAGUGAAAGCAUUUCCCCCGGACUCUCCAGCUGUUUAUGAGCUCUACUGGACGCCCUCACAGACGGAGGCGAGAGCACACCCGAAUAUGCUCGAGACGCAGAGAUUCCUCCAGCGUCUAUGGCAUUCGAGUGACCCCGAUACUGAACUUUCAACCACUUACCCGCUGACAUAUGCGGACCGUUUCAGAAUCCGUAAUCCAGGGGAUGCCAAGUUCACACUCGGUCCACACGUGGACGGCGGGUCUCUCGAGCGAUGGGAGGAUCCAGAGUACUCCAGCGUGUACGCCAAGAUACUCGAAGGGAAAUGGGAGGAAUAUGAUGCUUGGGAUGCUAAGCACCGCAUGAAAGCAAAAAUGGAUCUGUAUAACGGGGCCGGAGCUUGUUCAAUGCUGAGAUUCUUCCAGGGCUGGCUCUCGAUGUCAGAUACUGGACCCGGAGAGGGGACUAUGCACGUUUGUCCUAUGAUCACCCACAGCACGGCAUACACGAUUCUGCGACCGUUUUUCAACCUUGAGACGUUGAUUCCUGCAAUGGACAACACCUUCCCGGGCUCUGUCCCGGGUGCCUGUCAGGAAUUUAACCCGACCACACACCCUCACCUCGAAUUGGAGGCCACCAUGGUGUCUAUGCCCCGUGUUCAGCCUGGUGAUUACGUCGCCUGGCACUGUGACGGAAUACACUCUGUCGACCGGGAACAUCGGGGAGCUGGCGAUUCUAGUGUGAUGUACAUCCCCGCCGCUCCUCUCUGCGAGACGAACGUGGAAUAUCUUGUGCGCCAGCGGCAAGCAGCGCUCGCAUACUCGCCAGCGCCGGAUUUCCCAGGCGCAGGCGGGCCUGGAGAAAGUGGUUUCCAAGGCGCGAUCAACUGGUCAUCGUUGAAUCCGGACGGACUCCAAGCAAUGGGCAUGGGGACGAAACGUUGGGAGAUCACAGACGAUAUGAGCCAGGGUGAGAAAAGGGCUAUCGAACGCGCCAAUGAAGUCUGCUUUGGGCAGUUGUGA